ACAAAAAAGAAAAGAAAGAAGAAAGAAUUGUUAAAACACGAGUCGCUAAGAUUUUGAAAAAAAUUUACAAAAAUUCUACACUUAUAUGCAAACUAUUCAAAUAUUGGAUUAAAAAGAUAAUCAUUUAAAAGCUUUUUGAAAAUGUCGACUGCUCAAGAAGACAUGUCUGGCCAACGUAGAAACUCGGUUCAAAAGACCGAGAUUUUGGAUGAAACCAUGGAAGAAAUCCCUAUCAAAGAAAUUGUUCAGGAUACUAUCGACGAGAACGGUGACGAAGUGGAAGAAGUCACUCAAGUUACUCGAAAAGUAGUCAAACGUACCAUGAAAAUUACAGAGACUUCAUCAACGACAAAAACUACGAGCUUAACCGCCCCAGCAAAAUUGUACGGCAAGGAUUUAAGCGAAUAUGAUGAAGUUGACGUUGAUGCCUUAUUAGCUCAACUAUCGCCCGAAGAAAUCAACAUUUUGGCAAAAGAAGUCGAUCCCGAUGAUAACUUUUUGCCGCCCGAUCAACGUUGCAGUUAUGAGUGCACUAAAAGUCCUACUGGUCCUUUGGAUCGUAAAAAGCUUAUCGAACAUAUUAAUAAACAAGCUUUAGAAACACCGGAUCAACCGGAAUUUGAGCCGUAUGUUAAGGGUACGGUAAGGGGUAAAAAAUGGAUACCGCCACCACGUGAUCAACGCGCUUUGGAAGUGGAAGAACAAAUUGCCAUUGAUAUGGGCGAUGAAUAUGAGCAGGCGUUAAGUCAUGCCACCCAAGAAGAGAUCAUAGAUUUAGCAGCAAUUUUGGGUUUCCACUCGAUGAUGAAUCAAGAUCAAUAUCAUGCUUCGCUGUUGAAUAAGGGACAACCGGUCGGUUUAGGUUGGGACGGCAUAACCAAAUCAACGCAGCAAAAAGUUUAUCCAAUGGAUCCACCAAACAAUACAGAUGUAGAAGAGUCCAUUAAGCGUGUCAAAGAAGAUGAUCCUAAAUUAAUUGAAUUGAAUUUCAAUAAUAUUAAGAAUAUUUCCGAUGAGAAAUUUGAACAAUUAUUUGAAGUACUGCCUAAAAAUGAACAUUUGGAAGUCUUAUCAUUAACGAAUGUUGGACUUACUGAUAAGACAGCUCUUUUAUUGGCCGAAGCCAUUGAGAAAAGCAAAACCCUUAGAGUAUUAAAUGUUGAAACAAAUUUUAUAAGUCCGCCUGUGGUAGUUAAAUUAGUUAAAGCCCUGCUAAAAUGCCGCACCAUUGAGGAAUUCCGAGCUUCCAAUCAGAGAUCGGCAGUUUUGGGAAACAAAAUUGAAAUGGAAAUUACGGACUUAGUGGAAAAGAACACCUCACUGCUUAGACUGGGUCUGCAUCUGGAAUUCAACGAUGCCCGUCAUAGAGUCGCUGCCCAUUUGCAACGUAACAUAGAUAGAAUUGUGCGUGUUGAUAAAAUUAAACCGAAUUUACCGAAGCUAAUACUGCCGCCGGGUAAUAUUGGUAUGGAUUAUGAGACCCUUUCGUCGACUUUACCCAUAACACCGUCACCGACUCCCUCGCCUAUACCACGUGUAGCCUACGAAGUGGAAGAGGAUCCAGAUAACAUGGUUAUACGUGGUACGCUCACGCCAUCACCUUCACCAUCACCAUCACCACUGCCGCCUGACGAUUAUGAAGUCGAAGUUGAUCCUGAUAACAUGAUUAUACGUGGUGGUGGUAACAAUUUUGAACUAAGUUUAUAUAACAACGCUCAGUUGGCCGAGUCUUUAACAUCGUUAACGUCAUCAUCGUCUACGACCUCGUUUGACUUAAGCAAUGAUCUACCAGCUUAUAAUGAAGAUUUGAUUAGCUACAAAGCCCAUAUUACGUGUGCAACGCCUCAAUCAACGUAAAUAAAUUAAAUUGUGUUCAAAUUUCGUAAAACAAAAAAAAAAACAAAGAAAACAAAGAAAACAACAAUAUUUAAAGCAUCCAAAAUCAACCAAACAACCAAGAAUGAAUAUAAGAGAAUAAAUGAGAAAAUGAGAUCAAUCACAGCAACUUUUCUCUUUACGACAAACAAAUAAAUAAUUAUUACAAUAUUUUUUCUACAACACAAUAAUAAUAAUAAUAAUAAUAACAAGCAAUAAAAUCUUUUUCUACUAAUCAAUUAUACACUCAUUUCGACUAUUGCUCUCAAUCAAUACAACAACAACAACAACAACAACAACAAAAGAACAAAUAACAACACCAACAACAAUAACCAUAUACACCGAAAUACAAAAGGAAACAAAAUUUACGUCGGCUUACCCCAGGAAUAUGUGAAUAGAAGUGAGGAGAUGUAUCCGUCAAUCGUGUGCGCUCUCACAUGCGGUGAGCUUUAAACGAAACACAAAAUAAAGUCCCUCUAAAGUGAUUUUUUUAAUGAAAUAUGUGGACGUCAACGACGCAUGGGACAUUUUUC